CUCACGCCACCCGGUGUCUCUGCUUCGGUCCCGAUUUAAAUCCAGGCAGUGAGGAAAAUGGCGGUGCGAGGCUGAGUGUGGGGGAGAUGGAGAUGUAGCUGAGCUUUGGCUCAUUUCCCAGCUGCUGAUGCAAGGUCAAGAUGAGCGGAUUAGGAGAAAACUCCUUAGAUAGUUUGACUAAUGAGUCAAGGAAGCGCAAGCCAUUGCCCUGUGAUACACCAGGUGCAAGUCUGGUCUGCGGUGGUGAGAAGCGUCGACGUGAGCAGGAAAGCAAAUACAUUGAAGAACUGGCUGAGCUGAUAUCUGCUAAUCUCAGUGACAUUGACAAUUUCAAUGUCAAACCAGACAAAUGUGCUAUUUUAAAAGAAACUGUGAGACAGAUUCGACAAAUAAAAGACCAAGGAAAAGCAGUUUCUAAUGAUGAUGAUGUACAGAAAGCUGACGUAUCAUCCACGGGUCAAGGAGUUAUUGACAAGGAUUCAUUGGGACCUCUUUUAUUACAGGCAUUGGAUGGCUUCCUCUUUGUUGUAAAUCGAGAUGGGAACAUAGUAUUUGUAUCAGAAAAUGUCACACAGUAUCUGCUGUAUAAACAAGAAGAUUUGGUUAAUACAAGUGUGUAUGGUAUCUUGCAUGAAGAGGACCGGAAGGACUUUCUUAAAAACAUACCUAAAUCUUCAGUUAAUGGAGUUUCUUGGACGAAUGAAACACCUAGACAGAAGAGCCAUACAUUCAACUGCCGGAUGAUGGUGAAAAGCUCUCAUGACCUUGUUGAAGAUGUAGGUGGCUACCAGGAUAUACGUCAAAGAUAUGAAACUAUGCAGUGCUUUGCUUUAUCACAGCCAAGAGCUAUGAUGGAAGAGGGGGAAGAUUUGCAGUCCUGCAUGAUUUGUGUGGCGCGUCGUAUCACAACUACAGAAAGGGUAUUUCCAGCAAAUCCAGAGAGCUUUAUUACAAGACAUGAUCUUUCAGGCAAACUUGUCAACAUUGAUACAAACUCAUUACGAUCUUCCAUGAGACCUGGCUUCGAAGACAUAAUUCGUCGUUGUAUUCAGAGAUUCUUAUGCCACAAUGACGGGCAGUCAUGGUCAAAUAAACACCACUAUCAUGAAGCUUAUACGCAAGGUCAUGCUGAAACCCCAUUGUAUCAAUUUUCUUUAGCGGAUGGUACAAUAGUGACAGCACAAACGAAGAGUAAACUGUUUCGAAAUCCUGUAACUAAUGACCGCCAUGGAUUUGUCUCUACCCACUUCCUUCAAAGAGAGCAAAAUGGAUAUCGGCCAAAUCCUAAUUCUGUUGGACAAAACAUCAGAACACCUGUGACUGGAAACACAAAUUCUGUUAAUGGUCUUACGAACAUAUCACCUGGUCAAGCCGUGCCAAUGCAGAACAGAAACUAUGGGAUGGGAGAUCCCAAUGCAGUGGGUCAGCUCACCAGCGCUCGAUAUGGAAGCCCUGGGAAUAUGGGGCCAGUGAACUCUGGACCCGGCAUGCAGUCCUCUGCUUAUCAGAGUAACAGUUUUGGGUUGAAUAUAAGUAGCCCACCACAUGGCAGUCCUGGCUUAACUUCCAGCCAACAGAAUCUAAUGGUAUCUCCUAGGAAUCGAGGCAGUCCAAAAAUGAGUUCACACCAGUAUUCUCCAGUUACAGGUACGCACUCGCCAAUGGGAUCUGCCAGCAACACUAGCAACAGCACUUUUUCUAGCAGUUCUCUUAGUGCUCUGCAAGCCAUUAGUGAGGGGGUUGGAAAUUCCCUUUUAUCAACACUUUCUUCACCGGGUCCAAAACUGGAUAAUUCCCCAAACAUUAGCAUAACUCCGCAAAUUAAGGACUCCAAAAGCCCUUCUGGUUUGUAUUGUGAACAAAACCAAGUGGAAAGUUCCAUCUGCCAGUCAAACAGCAGAGAUCUCCUUAGUGAAAAAGAUAGUAAAGAGGGAAAUCUGGAGGCAUCUGAAAGUCAGAGAGGACCAUCUGAGAGCAAAGGGCAUAAAAAACUCCUUCAGCUACUUACGUGCUCCUCAGAUGAAAGAGGACAUUCUACAGCAUCAAACUCACCUUUAGACUCAAAUUGUAAAGAAUCUUCUACGAGUGCUACUAGUCCUUCAGGAGUUUCCUCAUCAACAUCUGGAGGGGUAUCUUCCUCCUCAAACGUGCAUGGGUCACUCCUGCAAGAGAAACACAGGAUUUUACAUAAAUUGUUGCAGAAUGGUAAUUCUCCAGCAGAGGUGGCCAAGAUCACAGCUGAAGCUACUGGUAAAGACACAUAUCAUGAUGCUAGUAACACAACCUCCUGUGGAGAAGGCACUGUCAAACAGGAACAACUAAGCCCAAAGAAGAAAGAAAACAAUGCUUUACUAAGAUAUCUACUAGAUAAAGAUGAUAUUAAGGAGCCGCUUUCCAAAGAGUUGAAGCCUAAAGUAGAAGGUGUGGAUAAUAAGAUGGGACAAUGCGCAAGUUCUACAAUUCCUACUUCAAGUCAAGAAAAAGAGAUGAAAAUAAAAAUGGAGCCAGCAGAGGAGAUGAAUGGAGACUUGGAUAAUUUGGAUGCAAUUCUAGGUGAUCUUAGUAGUUCCGAGUUUUACAAUAAUGCUAUGUCUGCAAAUGGAAAUAACCCUGGAACAAAGCAAGCAUUAUUUCAAGGAAAUGCCCUGUUGGGUGUGAAGAGUCCUCAAUCUGUGCAGACUACUCGCCCACCUUUUAACAGAGCCUUGUCUUUAGACAGCCCUAUGGGCUCAGGUGCUUCAGUGAGGAAUGUGAAUGCAUUCUCCAUGUUACAAAAGCAAAACUUGAUGGGUGGAAGUCCAAGAAUGAUUGAAAACCAAGAAAAUUUUGGAGCAAAUCUGGCAAGUGCUCCCCACAGAAAUGUGGCGAUGAAUCAGCAUCAGCCAGGAGACUGGGGUUUGCCAAACUCCAAAGUGAACAGAUUGGAAUCUGCAAGUUCUGCUUCAGUAUUGAGACCAGGACCUGAAUUUAGUACAACCCUUCCGAGGCCCCCAGAGGGGGGCUCUGUGUCUGGGCUGCCUGUUCGCUCUAACAGCAUACCUGGUUCUAGGCCCGUGCUGCAACAGCAAAUGAUUCACAUGAGGCCAAAUGAGAUAAACAUUGACAUGGGAGGUAAUCCCUAUGGACAGCCUGGACCUUCUAACCAGCCUGGAUUGUGGCCUGACAAUAUGAUGCCAAUGGAGCAAGCGUCACGGGGUUCACAAAACAGACAAUUAGUUAGAAGCUCUUUGGAUGAUCUCUUGUGUUCGGCACCAAAUAUGGAAGGCCAGAAUGAUGAAAGGGCACUUCUGGAUCAGCUGCACACACUAUUGAGUAAUACAGAUAUCACAAGUCUGGAAGAAAUUGACAGAGCAUUAGGAAUUCCUGAUCUUGUAAACCAAGGACAAGCUUUGGAACCCAAACAAGACUCAUUUCAAGGUCAGGAAUCUUCAGUUAUGAUUGACCAGAAGCCUUUGUUGUAUGGUCAACCCUAUCAAGGGCAAGGGACAGCAAUGCCAGGAGGUUUUAGUAGCAUCCAGGGACAACAGCCGUCUUUUAAUUCAGUGAUGAAUCAGAUGAGCCAACCGAGCAAUUUUCCUCUGCAAAGUAUGCACCCCCGAGCAAACGUGAUGAGACCUCGGACCAACACACCAAAGCAGCUACGCAUGCAACUCCAGCAGAGGCUCCAGGGACAGCAGUUCAUGAAUCAGACCCGUCAAACUCUUGAAAUAAAAAUGGAAAAUCCAGUCAGUGGUACUAACUCAGUGAUGAGACCAGUUAUGCAGCCACAGGUGGGAUCCCAGCAGCAAGGUUUUCUUAAUGCUCAAAUGGUGGCUCAGCGUAACAGGGAACUAAUAAGUCACCAUUUUAGACAACAGAGGAUGGCAAUGAUGAUGCAGCAGCAACAGCAACCUCAGGCCUUCAGUCCACCACCAAAUGUGACAGCCUCAGGAAGCAUGGAUAGUGCUUUGACAGGCCCUCCAAUGGCUCAAGUUCCUUCACAGCAAUUCCCCUAUCCACCUAAUUAUGGAAUAAGCCAACAACCUGAUCCUGCAUUUAGUAGAGUAUCAAGCCCUCCCAAUCCAAUGGUAUCAUCAAGAACUGGACCCUCCCAGAACCCGAUGCUGCAGCAUCCUCAGUCAGCAACAAUGUACCAGUCCUCAGAGAUGAAGGGCUGGCCCUCAGGAAGCAUCCCCAGAAACAGUUCUUUUCCCCAGCAGCAGUUCAGCCAUCAAGGUAGCCCAGCAGCAUACAGUAUGAUGCACAUGAAUGGCAGCAGUGGCCACAUUGGACAGAUGAGUAUUAAUACCAUGCCUAUGUCAGGACUGCCUAUGGGUCCAGACCAGGUAAGUCAUAUAUCAAGACUGAUGAAAAGAUUUGCUGACUCUUCUUCCAUUGAGUACAGUCUGCUUACAUCCAUUCCUCCCACACAAUCCUGCUCUCAGUUACCCUGUUUGUAUUUGCAUCUGCAGGCCUAUUAAUUUUAUAUCCUAAGAGAUACUUUCUUUUUGAUGAUACAUUAGCAAAUUCACAAUGACCCAAGCUGUAUGCUGGGCUUAGCUGUUGACUUUGAAGUAUCAUGGAAAGGACCAAGCCUUAAACUGCACAAAGGAUAAUGAAAUACUUCUGAACCUGGAAAAACCCCAGAAAAAACCCAUGGACUUUGUGAAAUGCAUCCACAGCAGAUCUUGAAAAUUACAUGUAAUAGCUCUUAUGAGUCAGGCUAAGAAUCCUGCUAAUGCAGUAUCCUUCCGGCAGACACUGAUAAUGAUACUUGCCCUUACAAAACCUUAGAAUAACUUGUGUAUGCAUAGCCAGAAAUGAUGGAAAAUUUAGACCUCUCAUUUAAGGUGAAAAUGUGCUAAUAAUAGGCACUGAAAAGAAAACUGAAAUACAAAAUACACUUUUGCUACAAUCUUUCCACAAAAUACCUAGGAUGAGCAACAUAAUACUGUCAUAAGCUAAAUCUAUUCUAGUAAAAAGUACCACAUGAAAUUUUGUCCAGCAUACCUGAGAAAGCUGUCAGAAUACUGAGGACUUCUGGGGGUAAGUAAAGUUUUGGAGGACUUUGAUACAACAAAUGCCUUUUAUAAAGAGGAUAAUAUAAAGGUGAAAUGUCAGAUUUUCCAAAUCUACGUGACAUAAAGAUACCAAAAUAGUGUGUUCAGGAAAUUCUAGGACAGCAUUUAUUUUCUAGAAAUUUAUUUUUAAAGUGGAGCACUAAAAAGCUAUUCUUCUCCUUCUAGGCAUUGAUUGGCAGUAGUUCUUUCUUCCAAAUGCAGUACACAAACCAUUUCAGCAAAGCUGUGUUCUCUGAUGAAAGUAUCUUUUCUUUAACAGAAAUACUGCUGACAUCUACAACCACAUCUUCAAACAAGAAUGGCUGAAUGCACUAGUGUUAGAAGGGAAAGUGACACAUUCUUCAUGGCAAGUCAUACUGGGCUUAACAGAAACCAGUGAUAAAUUUCCUCAUCCAGAGUAAAACAAAUGAAAAAAAACCCUACCCAACAAAAAUAUGUUUUAGUAGAAGCAGCCUAUGCAUUACUGUAUAAUGUGGGGUACAAAAAAAGGUCAUUAGUAUUUUUGGCACGCUUCCUCUAAGAAUGUGAAUUUGGUAAUGCCAUUUUAACAGAUUUGAUGGGUAGACUCCUGGAAUACCUGAUCUGUUUACUGUAGCUAUCCAAAGCCCUUUAGCCCAGGCAGACUAAAGUGCCUGGAGAAGUCACAGUGGUAAGAAUUUCCUGAUUUCCUCUAAUAACAAUAUCUGACAGAGAAUGUAGUUCUUAGCCUUGACUCUUUUAUAUAAAUCCCUGAAUAGAAAUGCUGCUUUUAGUCUCUUAUCCCAAGAGUCAGGGAUUUCCCAAGCAAAGUAGCAGUGCAAAAGUAAUUGGCACAUGCUAGUCCAAAAUCCCGUCUGUUGAAGCCAAGGGUUGAAAAGAGAAGAUAAACAAUUUAAAUUAUUUAAACACAAUUGUGACUAAUAUUUACAUAUUGCUGUGCAGCUGAGUGCACUUUAUAGAGGUCUAUAUAAUGGAUUAAUGCAAUGUCUUUGAUAAGGACUUAAUAUGAAGGUAGAGCAUACUCAUAUUCCUUCACAAACACAGUCUCUUAAUUAUUUGAAAAGACUGCAUAAUGUAAUGUUUUCUGUGUAUGGAAAUUAGAGCAAUAAUCUUUCGUCUUUUUUUUGAAAAAAGCUUCAGAAAACUCAAGGCAAGACAUUGCAGCCAGCAUCAGAAUUUUGCAGUCUUUUUUGUGAAUAAAUUUUGUAAAUAUGAUCUUUAAAAUAAUGUAUUAUAUAUAUGACUUUUGUAGGUCACUAACUCAUUUUUGCAGAGUUUGUGAAGCUAAAUGUUUAACAAAAUUGAUUUCUGGAAACUUGAGUGUAGCUGAGGUCCAAUUUUUUUUUUUUUUUUUUUUUUUUUUUUUUUAAUUACAUUUGAGGACUUUGAAGCUGGGUGACUUUGGCCCACAUAUUUCUCUUUGGUCUUCAACACUUCAUUUAUUUUUACAUGUUUAACAUAGAGCUUUUUAUAAAAUACAGACCAGUUGUUCAAUACUCUCUCCACCUGUGAGCACUUUUGUUACAUUUCUUUUUACCUAAGGUAGUUUGACAUGAAGGCUCUGCAUUGUAAGAUCUCAAAAUUUGUCAGGACAGACAUGUCUGUCUGUAAUAAGUUGCCUUUUCAGUUGACGAAUCUGGAUUGUGUCUUUUUAGUCAAUUUUAAUGAAUUCUAAAUGUUCUUUGAAAAUGUUUGUCUGUUGCAAAAUACUUGCUGUUAUGUAACAUCCAUAAAUCUUUAAGGAUAUUAAGCCACAUUUUAACCAAAUGUCUACACCUCAUUGGAUUAUUCUAAUAGUAACGAAUGUAUUUUCUAAGCAGAUUUCUGUCAUAGAAGUAUUUAAGUGUGGCUACAUAUUAUUUGCUGAUAGCAUGGGGUUUUCUUCCCCCUCCAUUCUGGGUGCUUGAAAUGAAGAUCCUUUUGCACUUCUUGCAGUUACAAGGAAUUAAACCUCUAAACCUUCCUAAGGGAUGACCCAGAAAUGUUUGUGUAGUGCUUCUGUUCUGUUGCUCAUUGUGUAAUGGAAAACUGAUUUCUCCCAAGUGAGUAAAAGAAACCACAAAUCCCCUGAUCUGUGUUUUUUGCUUACUCUUUGUACUGUUAGCAAGAUGGGGUUUUAUUGUUCAGAAUUUUUGGUGAUCUUCCAUUUUAACAGAAAUAAGUUUUAAUAGAAAUAUUCUCAUAAAUUCAUCCUUAGUGCCUAGCCAGCUGUGUUUCAAUGGGAAUGUAGAUUCAGUCAAUCUACUUCAUGUAACCCUGUCUCUUCCCUUAGUACUGAGUAUAUAGAUUACCACAGCACUUACUUGGAAUUUUCAGUCCAAUUAAUGUCUGUUUAUAAUGCAAAGCUUUUAAAAGCCUAAGGAACUUUUAUCUUUUCAUUUCUUGGAUCAUACCUAUUUGCUGAGUAAGUGCUGCUUACUGAGGUGAAAGGCAACAAUCCCUUGCAUUUUAUAGCAAAUCAGAAUAGAACAAUAUUUAUAUUUUGUACUUGUUCAUUAUGCUGAUGGAAAUUACAAACACCGGUUGCUUUCAUUAGGUGAGCUCUUAGACUAUAUACUGCUAUAUACAUCUUGCAGUACAAUUUUUUUUUUUUUAUUUAGUAAUUCUAUUUAUACAUCUAUGUAUAACUACCUGACUGACAUUAUAAAAGCUCAUCCUUUUCUCAUAUGUUUAGCAUGCUGGAGCUUUUCCACUACCUACUUUUUUUCCUGAAUUAAAAGAUUUUUAGUUUAAAUGCAUCGACAGCAUAUUUCAUGGCAGCACUAAAUAGUACAUUAGUACAUCUGGUUUGAAAUCUGUUGACAUUUAGUUACCACCAUCAAUUUUGCUUUGGUCCUAUAGCAGUGGAUUUCUGUGAAUGUUUUUUUAAAUAAAACCCACAUAACAUUAUUCAGCAGUAGGAGAUGAAUUAGCUAGUACAGCAACCUCUGAUCACUGCUGCAUAAAUGAGCGUUGUUUCGCCAUGUCUCUGUUGCUUUUUUGAUCACGUGUUUAUUAAAGUUGUAUGUAGUGCACUUUUUUCCUUGGCCUAAAAUACUGCUUCUGAAGUGAGAAAUUCAGACCAUGUUUCUGUCACAAGACAAAACUUACUUGAAUGUUGCACCAGUUAGCACACCUUUUAUUAUAGAAUUUAUGUGCAAACCACCAGAUGACAGAAUGAUACAAGAAGUGUGAAACCAUGUAAUUCUGAGAGCAAUAUUUUCAAAAAUUCUCAGGAGAAGGCAUAUGGUAUUGAGAAUUGCAUCUAAGCAUAGUUUACAUUACAUGUAUUGCUUGAAAUAUCUGUAUCUUUAUUUUGCAAAACAGAGGAAUCAUGGGGACUGAUUUAUAAAAGGGUUGGUUGUAAGGUGUUACUGCCCUUCUGGUUUUUGUGUUUGGAUGUUAAUAAUAAUGUAAAUAAAGGUUUCUAUUUAAAAUCAGAA